CAAUAAACUAAUCCCAUUUGUGGUUUACCGAUUCAAAUCAACCAUAUUCUUUAAUUCAACUGAUAAUAUCAUAAUGUUCCCAAGUUCAUUAUAGUGGUGAUCGUAUUUCAACUCUUAAUCCAAACAUAUUCAAAGGGAAUGUCAACUCUCAAUGAUCUAUAUAUAAAAACGGUAGAUAUGUUAUUAGAUUUUCUAUCUUUGUUAACUUUCGAGAGCCAUUUUUGUGUGUUUUUAUAGAUCAAAGAGAUGGGUUUCAAUGAUCCUUCAUUAAACACAAUCAUCCUUUGGUUCGCCUCCGUAACGUCUCUCGUGACUAUCUCAGUCAUCUUCGCCCUUCUCAUUAUUUGUUUACUCAAACGCCGUAGGUUUGAUGUAUCACCGGAAACCGAGAACGAGAACCAAGGAAGAAGAGAGCCACGGUGCCAAGGGCUUAGCGCUUCCGUGAUUGCUGCCUUUCCCACCUUUUCUUACAAACCGGAUAAUAAUGAUCCUGAGAGCAACAAUCAGGAGAUCGAGUGUCCGGUUUGCUUAGGAUUAAUCCCCAAGAAUGUUGUAAUUAAGGUUUUACCAAAUUGUAUGCACAUGUUUGAUGAGGAAUGUAUCGGUAAGUGGCUUGAAUCACACGCAACUUGUCCUGUGUGUCGUAGAUUGGCUGAGCCAAUGACUAGCAAUGGAGAUAAAGUCUUAGAAAGAAUAGUAUAGUGAUUUUUUAUAUAUGUCAAAUUAUAUGAUUUUUUUCUUUAAUUUUGCUAAUUAUUGUAAUAUUUUUUCUUAUUGAUGUGAAAUGUACAAAGGAUAUAACUUUUGUUUUUU